CCUUGGCUUUUGUAUUGGAACAAAACCCUAAGGGUUCUUGCAAAGGCCCAAAUCGCCGCCGGAUUGAUCUAAGCCGUCCGUGCUAACUCGCUAGCUCGCUCGCUCUCUUGGACUCUUUGCUAUUUGAUCUAGCUAAAAACCAUUCCUCAGCUUUGACACUGUUUUCUCUGAUUUUUUCUCGCAACGCUUGUUGUUCUUGUGUAUGUAUUUGUUGUGGGAAUUUUUUUUUUUUUUUGAGGUUACAGUGUUACACCGAUAACAUGUUGGGCAAAACUUGGUUUUGGGGAGUUGGUAACUUGGGAUUGUGAUAUGUUUUUUGAUGGUUGAUUGUAUAGUUUUGGAGUUGGGAGUAGGUUUGGUAGUGAAAAUUUUGGGUUUUGAUUAGGUUGAAAGUGAGAGCUUUGGGGUUGUAAAUAUGGGGUUAGGGAGUUUUGGUGGUGAAGUUUUGAUUUUGGGAUUGUUUUAGGGUUUAGGGUUUGGUUAUGGCAAGUGGGUGUUGAUCAGUUUGGGGUAUUGUUGAGAGGGUGAUGAUCAAUUUGAGGUUUUGAGAAUGUUGAGUGAAAUAGGAAGGAGACCGAUGGUUGGAGGUAACGAGGGAUCGUUUGAUGAUGACUUGGAGAAGGAGAUAGGGUUGUUGCUCCGCGAACAGCGUGGUCGUCAAGACGUCGAUGAUCUUGAGCGCGAGCUUAAUUUGUAUAGAAGUGGCUCAGCUCCUCCAACUGUGGAGGGUUCAUUGAGUGCAGUUGGCGGGUUGUUUGGUGGUGGCAGCGGGGGAGGCGAAGGUGGUAGUGCCUUUUCGGAGUUUACUGCAAGUAAGAAUGGGAAUGGUUUUGCGUCUGAGGAGGAGCUGAGGUCUGAUCCAGCUUAUCUUUCGUACUAUUACUCGAAUGUGAAUCUGAACCCUCGGCUUCCGCCUCCUUUGCUUUCGAAGGAGGAUUGGAGGUAUGCACAAAGGAUGAAAGGGGGGAGUUCAGUGUUGGGUGGGAUUGGAGAUAGGCGGAAAGUGAAUAGGACCGAUGAUGGUGGCGGUAGGUCGUUGUUUUCCAUGCCGCCAGGUUUUAACACGAGGAAACAAGAGGGUGAGCUUGAGUCCGACAAGGGACGUGGCUCUGCAGAAUGGGGUGGUGAUGGACUGAUUGGUUUGCCAGGUUUGGGACUCGGAAGCAAACAAAAGAGCCUCGCUGAAAUCUUUCAGGAUGACUUGGGGCGUCCAUCUCCUGUUACUGGACUUCCAUCUCGUCCAGCCAGUCGUAAUGCUUUUGAUGAAAAUGUUGAAACGCUAGGAUCCGCUGAAGCAGAGCUAGCUCAUUUGCGCCGUGAAUUGAAAACUUCUGAUGCUUUACGAUCUGGUACAAAUGUUCAGGGCUCAUCUGUUGUCCAAAAUAUGGGGCCUCCUUCUUCAUAUACUUAUGCUGCUGUUCUAGGAGCUUCCUUGUCAAGAAGCAACACUCCAGAUCCACAACUUGUUGCUAGGGCUCCUAGCCCUUGCCCUACUCCUAUUGGAGGAGGCAGAGCUGGCGCAUCUGAAAAAAGAGGCAUUACUAGUCCGAACUCAUUCAAUGGUGUCUCAUCUAGCAUCACUGAGUCUGCAGAUCUGGUAGCUGCUUUAUCUGGCAUGAACUUGUCAACAAAUGGUGUGCUGGAUGAUGAAAACCGUUUGCCAUCCCAGAUUGAACAGGAUGUAGACAAUCAACAAAAUUAUAUGUUUGGUUUACAUGGUAGUCAGAAUCAUAUCAAGCAACAUCCAUACCUAAAGAAGUCGGAAUCUGCGCAUUUACAUAUGCCUUCUGCAAAAGUAUCUUACUCUGAUUCGGGUAAGAGUAAUGGGCCUGGGUCAGACCUGAACAGCUCGUCCUCUGAUAGGCAUGUGGAACUGCAGAAAUCUGCUCUUUCUUCAAAUAAUUCAUUCUUAAAAGGAUCUACUAAUGGUGGAGGUGGCUUAACUGCUCAGUAUCAGAAUGUAGAUGGUACAAAUUCAUCAUUUACUAACUAUGGUUUGAAUAGUUACAACAUAAAUCCAGCUUUGGCUUCCAUGAUGGCUAACCAACUUGGAAACCAACUUGGAACUGGUAAUCUGCCACACUUGUUUGAAAAUGUUGCUGCAGCAUCUGCUAUGGGAGCCCCUGGGAUGGACUCGAGAGUUCUUGCAGGAGGCUUGCCUUCUGGAGCUGCUGCAUCUGAAGCACAUAAUCUUGGUAGAAUGGGUAACCAAAUGGCAGGGAGUGCUGUUCAGGCACCAUUUGUUGAUCCAAUGUAUCUUCAGUACUUGAGGUCAUCUGAGUAUGCGGCACAGUAUGCUGCUCUCAAUGAUCCCUCUAUGGAUAGGAACUACUUAGGUAACUCAUACAUGAAUUUACUUGAGCUCCAGAAGGCUUAUCUGGGGGCUCUUCUUUCCCCUCAGAAGUCUCAGUACGGUGUUCCGUUAGGCAGUAAAUCUGGUGGGUCUAAUCAUCAUGGUUAUUACGGAAAUCCUGCAUUUGGUGUCGGCAUGUCUUAUCCUGGAAGUCCAAUGGCAGGUUCUGUUAUUCCUAACUCUCCAGUUGGACCUGGUAGUCCUAUAAGGCAUAAUGAGCUGAACAUGCGUUUUCCUUCUGGCAUGAGGAACUUAGCAGGGGGUAUCAUGGGACCCUGGCACCUUGAUGCCGCUGGAAUGAACAUGGAUGAAAGCUUUGCGUCCUCACUUCUGGAAGAGUUUAAGAGCAAUAAAACUAAGUGUUUCGAACUUUCUGAAAUUGGUGGUCACGUUGUUGAAUUCAGUGCGGAUCAGUAUGGGAGCCGAUUUAUUCAACAGAAACUUGAAACAGCUACAACAGAUGAGAAAAACAUGGUUUAUCAGGAAAUCAUGCCCCAAGCUCUUGCUUUAAUGACUGAUGUUUUUGGUAAUUAUGUUGUUCAGAAGUUUUUUGAGCAUGGACUUCCAACCCAGAGAAGGGAAUUGGCCAACAAGCUUUUUGGUCAUGUACUGACACUUAGCCUUCAAAUGUAUGGUUGUCGAGUGAUCCAGAAGGCAAUAGAAGUUGUUGAUCUGGACCAGAAGAUCAGAAUGGUUGAAGAGCUUGAUGGAAAUGUCAUGCGCUGUGUUCGUGAUCAGAAUGGGAACCACGUCAUUCAGAAAUGUAUUGAAUGUGUUCCGGAAGAUGCAAUUCACUUUAUUGUCUCAACAUUCUUUGAUCAAGUUGUCACCCUUUCCACCCAUCCAUAUGGUUGUCGGGUGAUACAGAGAGUACUAGAGCACUGCAAUGACCCAAAGACGCAAAGUAAAGUUAUGGAUGAGAUUUUAGGAGCUGUUAGCAUGCUGGCACAGGAUCAGUAUGGCAACUAUGUUGUUCAGCACGUGCUGGAGCAUGGAAAACCUCAUGAACGUUCUGCUAUUAUCAAAGAAUUAGCUGGAAAGAUAGUUCAAAUGAGUCAACAGAAAUUUGCCUCCAAUGUUGUGGAGAAGUGUUUAACUUUUGGUGGUCCUACUGAACGUCAGUUACUAGUUAUUGAGAUGCUUGGUUCUACUGAUGAAAAUGAGCCGCUUCAGGCAAUGAUGAAAGAUCAGUUUGCAAACUAUGUUGUACAAAAAGUGCUGGAGACAUGUGAUGAUCAGCAGCGUGAGCUGAUACUGUCACGAAUAAAAGUUCAUUUGAGUGCAUUGAAAAAGUACACUUACGGAAAGCAUAUUGUUGCGCGUGUAGAGAAACUUGUUGCUGCUGGGGAAAGGAGAAUUGCUGCUCAGUCUCCACACCCUGCUUAGGCAGCAUAGGGAAAAAGUUCUGUACAGCUAACUGAGGCUAGUGUGAGCUUCAUCUUUUCCUCUCUUUCAACCCCAUGUCUAGAGAUAUGACUCUACCUGUCUAUUGAGACAGGAAUGAGCCCAACUGGAAAUAAAGUUGUUGCGCUUGUGCUGAAAAACUGUACAUUGUGUAGUUUAAGGUUUAUACAUAGAAUCAAGCAAGCCGAGGAUCAGAUGCUGAAUGCACCUGAUGCCCCCGCAAAGGAGAGAUAAAAGGACUAUACGAGUUUUUAAGGGUGUAAAAAUUAUGAAAUGUUGAGGUAGUUUUUCGGGUUAACGCGACUGUACAAAUGUUGCCAUGUGGAGAGCUGUUUAUGUUUAGGUGAGGCCAGAGAUGUUCUUAAUGUAUGGUUAUUGACGUUUUUUUCCCUUUAACUAUGAGCCACAAUUUUCUUAUGCGGUCAAGCAUCUUUGUUCUCUCUUUUUUCUGAGAAUA